AAAGGAGUAUCAAUCGCCCAGCAUGGGCUUCAUGAAGAAGCUCAACCUCUUGCUACUAUUGAGCAGUUGUGCUUUGGCACAACAAAGAGAUGACAGUUCUGAAGAAACAAAAGACAGCCAAUACUGUUUAAAAAAUACCAGUCGCUUCAGAUAUCUUCGAAAGUACUUGUACCAGUAUGAAGUGGAGACCUCCAAUGGAGUGCCUGGGACUGCAAACUCACGCUCCGGUAUCAAGAUGUCUUGCAAAGUUGAACUGGAAGUCCCUCGGCACUGUGGGCUCAUGAUGCAGGUAAAUCAGUGCAAACUGCAGGAGGUACACAGCAUCAAUGCAGAUGGCAAGCCGAUCUUCAAAAAAUCUAAAGAGUCAGAAGACUUCCAGAAAGCCAUGUCCCAGUACGAGCUGAAAUUCAUCACUACAUCAGAACGAAUGGAUGUUACCUUGUACCCACAUCAAGAUGAAACCACCAACAUUCUCAACGUCAAGAGAGGUAUCAUUUCUGCCCUUUUGCUGCCAAUGGAAUCUAAUGAAGACACACAAACAGUUAACAUGGAUUCAGUGUACGGCAACUGCACAAGCCAGCUGACAGUGAAGAACAGAAAAGGAGACACAGCUACUGAUAUAACCAUGGGAAGAGAUCUCACUCAGUGCAGCAGAUUUACACCCAUCACAGACGUUAGCAGCCCUCUAGCACUGGUUAGAGGAUUGGAUAUGCCACUUUCAUCCCUGCUGGGCAGCAGCCAGUCUUGCAAAUAUUCCCUAGAUGUCAAGAGGAAGCAUGUAACAGAGGCCACCUGCAAUGAAAAACACAUUUUCCUGCCUUACUCUCACAAAAACGAAUAUGGAAUAAUGACACAUGUAAAACAGACACUUAAACUCAGCGAAUUGCAACGGAUCAACAGCCGAUACUUUACUGAAGAUGAAGCAAACGUAAAAGAACUGACGCUGGAAUAUGUUGAUAGCAGAGUAAAGAGCACAGAUUCUGCCCUGAAAACUCUACAGGAGCUGGUCAAGCAGUCGGAGACUGCUCAGAACCAACAACGAGCCAAUUUGUUUCAAAUAUUUGUAUCUGAAUUGAGGAGCAUGGAGAAAGAUGCACUAAGGACUAUCUUGCCAAAGCUUAUGGAAACAUCCAGCUCCAUUACUUUGCAAGCUCUCCCUCAGUGCGGGACACCAGAAUGUUUUUCAGCAAUCUUGAAACUAUUUCAAAGUGAAUCAGCCUCUCCCCUGCUGACUGAUGCAGUUACCUACGCCAUGGGACUCAUGCCUUCACCCUGUAAGACUAGAGUUCAGGAGACUCUCAACAUUGCAAAGUAUCGGCAAUCACGGGCUACAUUUUAUGCACUGAGUCACACCGUAAGGAAGUUUUAUAAUAAGCAACAGACUGUAGGACCUGAACUGAAGGCUGUAGCGGAUUACAUGAUGUCUUUAAUUGGAAGUGACUGCUCUGGUGAGAAAGACAAGAUCUACUUGACUCUAAAGGCACUCGGAAAUAUGGGAAAGGCAAUGGAGAACGCAAAUCCUGAAAUUACACCUACUCUCCUAAAAUGUGUGGUGAACUCUAACACUUCCCCCUCUAUUCAGCAAGCUGCAAUUCAAGCUUUCAGACAAAUGACUCUGAAUGAGGAGGCGCGCAGUAUGCUUCUUCAAGUGUAUCUGGAUGUAACUUCGCCUCUCCUGAAGAGACUGGGAGCUUACUUCAUGGUCAUGAAGAAUCCAUCAACAAGUGACCUUGGAAAAAUCACAAGGAAUCUGCCAACUGAGGAAAAUGAGGAACUGCAAAGUUUUGUGUCCUCGCAUCUGAUUCAUAUUCUUCAGUCAGAGGAGCCCACAGUUCAGGAACUAAAAAACAAAGUAGCCAUAGUGCUGAAAGAUCCACUAGUAAACCUUUCAGGAUUAUCCAGACAUUAUGAGGCAUCCAAGAAGACAAAUAUACCAGGUUUAAAAGGGCCAGUGGCUGCUACGGUGCAAAGCAAUCUCAUUUUUGAAUCAUACACCAGGAUACCAAGAGCAGUCAUGCUGGAAACCACUCUGAAUGCUUUUGGUCGCUCCAUUGACCUUUUUGAGCUUGGGCUUGACGGCAAAGGCUUUGAACCAUCUCUGGAGGCUAUUUUUGGUCUAGAAGGAUUUUUCCCCAACAGCGCAAUGAAGGCUUUGUAUUGGGUGGAUGGGAAAGUUCCAGAGAAGGUAUCACAAGUGCUGUUCAAUUGGUUUGGAGUCAGCAGAAACAGCGAAGCACCAAAAGAUGGUCUGAUGAAGGAACUCAUGCUCAAUUUUCAAAAAAUGUUGAAGGAGAUUCAGACACAGGCAGGAACACCAGAAGCAAAUGCUUUCUUGAGAAUACUCGGAAAUGAACUUGGAUAUGUUAAAUUCAACGAUAUCAAGCUGCUGGGAGAAAUGCUAUCAAGAAGUUCCAAGUACUUGCAGCAACUUCCAGUACAGAUCAGCCAGGCUCUUUUAAAGGGGACAAGUGGUGACCUAUUUGCCCACUAUAUUUUCAUGGACAAUCAAUUUAACCUUCCAACUGGAGCUGGUCUUCCCCUCAAGUUCUCUUUGUCAGGUGUAAUCGCUCCUGGUGCCAAAGCAGGAAUAAAGGUUGAAAGAAAGCAGGGAGACAUGUUUAUCAAGCCAUCAGUUGGAGUGGAAUUUGUGAGCCAACUGGGAGUCAAUGUACCUGAUUUUACCAGAAAUGCAAUUCAGAUGAAUUACAACUUAUAUCACGAGUCUGGUUUUGAAGCCAAGAUCAGCAUGAAUAACGGUCAAGUUAAACUCACCAUCCCAGCACCAAAGGAACCCACCAAGCUCUUCAGUAUGAGCAAUCGACUGUCGCUGUUAUACAGUACAAAAAUUGAAGACAUCCCGUCCAUCAUGGAAAACAGACAAGAAUGGAAAUCCUGCAAACCACUGAUCUCAGGCCUUAACCUAUGCAGCAGUGCCACAUACUCCAAUGCAAGUUCAAUUGACAAUGCCCCCAAUUAUCCACUGACUGGUGAAACAAGGUUUGUGGUUGAGCUUGAACCUACUGGCACUGUAAAUGAGUAUUCUGCGACAUUAACAUAUCAAUCUCAAAAGAACAAAGGAGACCUAGAACAUUCUCUGAAAUUUGCUGUCCAGGCAGAAGGUGCUGAAGAUACACAAGCUAAGGUGGAAAUUAAAUACAACACAAAUAAGCAUGUUGUUACAGGAGACAUUCAGAUUCCCAAAUUUGAUAUGGAAUUUGGUGUGAAAAUGGGAAUUCAAGAUACAUCUGCAUCUGAAAAGAUCUCAUAUGCUCUCAGCUUUAACAUCACAAACAAAAAUGUGCCUGAAGUAACUCUCAUAGGACGUGUAAGCUCUAGUGACAGGAAAGACAUCCUUCUGCAAGGCCUCUUCUCCGUUCCUCAACUGGCAAUGCAGGCAAACACCGAUACUCACAUUCAGCUUGGAGACAAUUCAUUCAUUGCUGAGUUUGAUGCAGCUGCCCUUAUCCCUCAUUCCAAGGCUUCACACAAAGUUAAUUUCAGAUUUGAUUCCAAAAAGGCUCAAAUCUCCUGUACCUCAGAGGUAGUAUCUGAUAUCAAAACAAUUCGGGAACAAAUGUCAACUAUCCAAAUGCCUGAUCUGUCUGAAUAUCCAGGGACCCUACAAAAGUACACUGAUCAGCUCUUAGAUCGCAAAGUGGCCCAAACUGACAUGACAUUAAAACACAUCAUUUCCAAAGCAGCAGUGGCAAUGAACACUUGGCUGAAAAGGGCCUCUGAAGAUGUUCCAUAUGCUGCCACCCUUCAAAACAAGCUGAAGAGUCUGCAAGACCUGAACUUUGAGAAAAUGGGAUUAUCUUCCAUUAACCUUCCUGAAAAAUUAUUCCUGAAACAUCAUGGCUCCUCGAAAUGUACGUUCAGCAAGGAGAAAAUGUCCAUCACCAUUCCAAUUCCUUUUGGAGGAAAAGUAACUAAAGAAAUGCAAGUGCUUCCAAGAUCAUUCCGAACACCAGCAGUGUUAGCUUUAGGAUUCAACAUCCCAUCCAAGGAGUACAACUUACCAAUAAAUUCCAUUCCAUCGAUUACUAUUCCUGAAGAGCACACACUCCGCUUUCCUUCAGUUAGCAAACUGGAAUUCUCCUCAAAGCUGAAGAGCAAUUACUACAAUUGGGACGGAACCUUCUCAGGUGAAAACAUGUCAAAGAAGGAUGUAACCCAGAUUACUGCUAAUAUGAGUGUCAAGGCAGACUCUGCACUGGAUCUUCUUUCUUAUCAGCUGAAAGGUAAUGUACUUGCAAGCCAAUAUACAAAGCAGAUUACGACUGUGACCCUUGAUGGAUCACUCCAACAUACACUACUUGAAUCUUCAAUACAUCUCAGUGAAAAGUUGGAUACAUCAGCUGAAAAGAAAUCUCAGUCAAGCUUUACAUGGGAAGCAUCGAGCAGCGUAGGAGCCAAAGCCUCCUUGUCAUCACAACUUCAACUGGAGACCAAAAAUUCAAAACUUGAAGCACAAGGAAAUGUCCGAGGGAUAUUAGCUGUCUCUUCAUAUCAAUCUGCCUGGAAUUAUACCACCACUUCCACAAUUGAUACCCAAAACUACGAAGCUGUAGGAAAUUCAGUUUUAGAUUUUAACUCACCCCUACUUCAGGUUAGCAACACAAUUGAUGGUGAAUAUACUAAAGGGGUUUUCUCAAUCAAUUCAAAUACUGGUUGUUCCUAUUUAAAUUUUAAAAACGUCCUAGGUGUGAAGGUGACCUCUGAAGAAGCUGAACUGAAAUGUGAUACUUCAGGCCAGGUUGACAAUGGUAACCUGAUCAGUAACAUAAAAUGGAUGGUCAACAAGAAUGGCUUUAAGACAGAAAACAAACUGAAAGGUGAACUGUUUGAUGCUAACUUGGAAAAUGUAGCUCUGCUAGAAUACGGUAAUAGUCUUCUGAGUCUCUCAUUGGACACAACUGGAAGGUACAAGGCCAUGGAGACAAAGAAUAAAUUGGAUUUCACUGCAUCAAUGCAGCAAAUGGACGUUCGACAUGAGUGUCUCGCAAGCUAUUCUGACAAACAGUUGCACAACAUCCUGACUGGCACGUUUAACCUUCAUGGUCUUGAGGUAAAUGCUGACACUAGAUUGAGUGGUGGAGCAAGCCAAGCUGCCAAUAAGGCAACUCUGAAAAUUGACACCAAUGGUCUGACAACUGGUGUGAUCUCCAAUGUACAGAUAAGUCCUUUGAAGCUGCAACAUACAUUCAACGCUGCUGUGGACGGAACAAAAGCAAGCAUGAAGUUAGACGCAACAGGCCAAAUCAGUGAAAAUUCAAUACGUUUGAUAGCAGAGGGAACAGCAGACAACAGAGGAAUAGUUGCCAGUACUACAUAUCAAGGUGAUAUUUUGGACACAAACUCAAACAAUAUUGUCAACUUUAAACUGAAUAAGGAAGAAGGCCUGGUGUUUAAUACAAAAACCCAGGCAUCAUACGGAGAGAAUAAAUUGGAACAUAAGAAUGAAUUGUCCGUUGCUGGUUGGUCACUCAAAGGCAAAAUCCAAACUGAUAGUUCUCUAAGUUGUGGAAGCAAAUACAAGCACAUGUGUGAGGUGGAGAUGAAACCUUUCACAGUUUCAUUUGAUGUAAUAAACAAUUUCAAGUACCGAGAAUUAGAUGUUACCCACAAUGGACAACUAGUGCUGGAACCAUUCAAGAUCAACUUUAAGGGAGACCUGAAAGGAUUACACAAAAGGAAUCAAGUGACACAUACGUAUUCCAUUCAGUACGCCGAUUGGGUAGCUGCGUUGAGCACAAACACAGUUGGAAAUAUAGAAAGUGCAACCAUGAGACACAAGGUGGAUCUCAAAAUUGCUGGACUUUCCGCCAAAUUCUCCAGCGACUCCAACUGUGAUUCAAAAUCACUUCAAUUUACAAAUCGCAUACGCUCUGCAGUUGUUCCUUUUCUCUUCACCUUUGAAGCUAACACCAAUGGCAGGGGAUUUAUUAACGUUCUGGGAUCCCAUAGUGGAGACCUCAUCAAUAAGUUCCAAAUGAAGGCAGCACCACUAUCCCUCAUAUUGGUUCAUGACUUUAUAGGAACGUCUCAACUUCAUCUGGAAAGUGAAAACCCGGCCACAACACUUCUGGAAAACAAGUUAAAUGUCAUGCUGAAUCCAUCUGAGCAGACAAGCACAUGGGGGCUAAAAAGUCAGUUAAACAGGAAUACUUAUGUACAAAAUAUCAAUGCCUAUAAUAAUCCAGAAACAAUUGGUAUGGACAUUACAGGUCAAGCAAUGGUUGAUCUAGGAAUGCUCAAAUAUCCAGUUGCUAUCCCAUUCUCCUCAAAUAAAUUGUAUUUACUUUCUGCGUUGGGUCUGACAAGUGCCGAUAUAGCUGAACCUAAAGAACUGCAAAUUUCAGGGAGCCUUCAAUACGAUAAAAGCAAAGAUGCCCAUGUUAUUAACAUACCCUUCUUGGAAAAUCUGCCCAUUUAUUUUGAGGAAUUUAAGGGUGUCAUUGUAAGUACGCUGGAGUCCAUUCAAAAUUACCUGAAGAAUUUGGACAUUAAUCAGUUUGUUGAGAACUACAAGAAAACCCUAGAGAAAUUUCCAGGCCAAGUGAAUAAUUUCAUUAGAAAAUUGAAUUUAGAACAGAAGAUUAAUGAUGCAAGAGAGAAGAUGUUAAGUUUUGCAGAGGAAUAUAGAAUAACAGAAGAGGAUCUUGAAGUUGCGUUGAAGCAAGCUCAAGUGUUUUACCAAGAUGCAAUUACCCAGCUGCAAACAUACCUGACAGAUCUGAAGGACUUUCUGCAAAAGUAUUACAACAACUACGAAGUACAGAAAGCUAUUGAAAAUCUCAUUAACCAACUCAUGGAAACACUAAGGGCUAUUGAUCAGCGAUAUGAAAUAACCCAAACAUCUAUUCGAACCCUCACUACCCUACAGGAUGCUCUCCAGAGGUUUCAACUCAGCAAAUUACAAGGUGAUGCUGUGGCUUGGCUCCAACACAUAGAUGAAAAACACCAGAUUCAAGUUCAGCUUCAAAACACAUUACAGCAGCUAAAGAUGCAGAUCCAGAGCAUUGAUUUGGAGGAAACAGCAAAUAGAUUGAAACAACAAAUUGCAUCAAUCAAUGCUGAUGAGGUUGUUGACAAACUGAAGGAACUUUUGAAUGCUGAGAAGUUAAAUGAACUAAUUGACAAACUCAAAAGGGUGCUUUUGAUGCUGAUGGAGGAUUAUGAAAUUAUGGACAAAAUUAACAGCAUUAAUACCAAGCUGCAAGAGCUGAUUGUUAAGUAUGAUGUUGGAAAACUGUCUCAGAAUCUUUGGGAUAACACUGUGCAAAUCAUUAAGAAAUACAAGGUUAAAGACAUAUUACAAAAAGCAGCAAAUAUUCUGAAAAGCAUAGACAUAAAAUCAUACACUGACAGCCUCAUUCAAAACAUCGAUGAAAGCAUGAAACAAAUAAAAUCAUACAACUAUGAGGAACUGAUUGGGAAAAUCAAUGAUUUGCUCAGCACACUUAUCACAAAAUUAAAGGAAUUUGACUACAAUGUAUUUGUUGAUGAGGCAAACAAAAGGAUCCGUGACAUGACCAGGACAGUCAACGAUAAGAUUCAGGAUUUAGAACUACCACAGAAGGUUGAAGCUGUGAAAGACUAUGUACAGGCAUUGCAAUCAACAGUAAGUGAAUACCUGGAAACGCUCAAUCAAAAAAAGCUCAGUGAACUGAUCAAGCAUUUGUCAGAUAUUUUUAGAAGCAUUGGCACAUCACUGCUUGAAGACAUGAUUACUGGAUUUCAGUACGUCCUCGAGGAUCUUGAAGAGAGGUUCAGUAGAAUGAAUAUUCAACAGGAACUGCAAUGGUACUGGCAGCAAGCUGUGCAAUCCUACCAGAGAAUCAAUGGGCACCUCUGUGACUUGUACGAUAACAUCGCAGAACAACUUAGCAUUUGGGCUGAAAGAUAUCAGUUACAAGAUUUGCUGACUCAAUUAUGUAGCUACUUGGAAGAAGGCUUUGUUGUUCCAGAAUUGAAGACCAGCCUAUUCACUGUGCCUCAAUUUGAAGUGAGUCUUCAAGCUAUCAGAAGAGGAGAAUUUAACACGCCAGCAUUCACAGUUCCUUUAACAGACCUGCAAAUACCAUCUUUCCAUGUAAACUUGAAAAAGCUCAAUAGCAUCACCAUUCCUACUCGAUUUACCAUUCCACAGUUCACGAUCUUGAAACUAGUGACUGUCCCUGACAUUACAAUCGAUUUAGAAAAAAUUAAAGAGUAUAUUGUCUCAACAAUUAACAACUUGCGUCAUUUUGAUAUUUCAGUACAAGAAAUCAAUUUACUUCGAGAUAUUCCUUUUCCAGUUAUUUCUUUACCAGAAAUAAAGAUCAGCGAACUGGAUUUCAGUGCACUAAAUAUACCUGAUAUCAGAAUCCCCAAACUGAAUUUGGACAGCUUCAAUCUGAAUGACAUGCAAAUUCCAGACUUCCAACUUCCUCGUAUACCUCACACAGUUGUGCUGCCCGCUUUCGGAAAACUUACUGGAACCUUCAAUAUCUCAUCUCCUGUCUACACCCUGAUGGCCAAAGCUGGCAUUCACAACAGUACAACCAGUCAAAACAGUCCAGUAGCUCUCGCUUUUCUUACUGCAAAAGCCAAAUCUACAGCAGAGAUCUUGUCCUUCAACUUCGAUGCUACAGCCCGCCUGUCAGCGCCUGAGCUUCAGCUUCUAAAAUUGAGUGAAAGUAUAAAGCUUGAACACACAACUGUCAGAAUUGACCACAUGGGAACUUUGACCUUCACUGCACCAUCUAUUGAUGGAAAAUCUGAGACAACUGUCAAGAUCGUCAGUGAAGCCUAUAAUGCAGAAGCCAAAAAUGUUUUAUCAAUGAGCAUACGACAAGGACUUUCCACAAACAUGGAGACAACCUAUAACCACAAUUUCAAUGUUCCUCAGGCACAGAUAUCAAGUCAGGUUACAAUGGUUAACAUUGUAAAAGGUUUGGCUCAACAAACAAGUGCAACGGUAUCUGUGACAAAUACAGGUAGGAAGAUGGUCUGUAAGGACUUCUCUGAUGAAGGCACACACAAAAGUGAACUGAAGCUAAACCUAAGAGAAACUGUCGCAGUAGCUACAUUCUCAGGUGACACCAGUACCAAGUAUAUAAAGAUGAAGCAAACUUUCACAUCUGAGGUUAGUUCGUUGUUUCAUGCCAAAUUUGCAUUGAAUGCAGACACAGAUAUUACAGAUGUUGGACAUAGCUUUGUGAAUGUAAGUGGAAAAGGAGAACUUGGAGAUCUGAAAAUGGAAGUAACAGCAUUUCACGAUGCUAAUCUUUCUGGCCGAGCGGCAGGUACACUUAGUAAUUCACUUAGCUUCACAGCACAACCGUUUGCAAUUCACACUUCAACAAAGAACAGGGCAAUUCUGAAGGUUUCCUUCCCUUUGACCCUCAUCAGCAAAAUAGAUGUAUUGAAUAACUACGAACUGACUCUUACUUCAAACAAACAACUGUGCACCUGGCAAGUAAGUACUAAGUUCAACCAGUACAGAUAUCAUCACGAACUUUCUGUAGGCAAUGAUGAAGAAAGCAUAACUGCGCAACUUGGACUGAACGGCGAUGCAAAUCUUGAUUUCCUGAUCACACCGAUUUCAAUUCCUGCUGUUACUCUUCCUUAUUUAUCAGUCAAAACUCCUGCAGUUACUCACUAUUCUUUGUGGGAACAAGCAGGACUGAAAUCCCUCUUGAAAACAACUCGCCAGACAUUUGACCUUAGUAUGAAAGCUCAGUACAAGAAGAACAAGGAUAUGCACACCUUCAAAGUAGAACUGGGACCGUUUUACAGGAUAAUUAAUAACUGCAUUAAAAAAUCUACGCAAAGUUUUGAACAGAGCAGGGACAAAGCUUUGAAUGUACUGGAAGCAUCGUACAAUAAUGCCAAGGCUAAUUAUGAUGCAUUGCGAGUAGAUUCUAGUAUAAGAAAACUGCCAAAAAAUCUUCAUAUUCCAGGAUAUACUAUCCCACUAUUGAAUAUUGAAGUCUCCUCAUGUACAGUCGAGCUUCCAGCUUUAGGUUUUGUUACACCUAGAGAGAUAACGACACCUACCUUUACAUUGCCCAUUAUUUCCUUCGCUGUGCCAUCAUACAAACUUGUGGUACCAUCUCCUGAUUUGCCACUAUUACAGAUACCUUCCAGUCUGUACAGGCUGUCACUUCCAAAAAUCAAAAUGCCACGUAUUCAAGAUUCCAUCAAAAUCCCUGCUAUGGGCAACUUGACUUAUGAUUUCUCAUUCAAAUCAAGUGUAAUAACACUCAGUGUUUCUGCUGGACUCUUCAACCAAUCAGACAUAGUAGCCCGUUAUGGUGCCUCUUCUUCAUCUGUCUUUACUUCAGAUUUCAAAGCAGAGGGAACAACAAGUCUAACAAAAAAGCGAGGGUUCAAAUUAGCUACAACAAUAUCUGUUAAUCAUGACGCCAUUCAAGGAAAGCAUGACAGCACUGUGAGUUUCACCAAGAGGAACAUGGAAGCUUCAGUUUCCACUGAAGCACAUGUCAAACUUCCUCACAUGACUCUUAAUUUGAAGCAUGAUCUGAGUGGAAACACUAAAUCUAAGCCUAAUGUAGUGUCAAGAGUGUCGCUGGAUUAUGGCCUUUCAUUCUUUUCACCAGACAUCAGUACUCAAGGAGCAGUUACACAUUCUCUCACCAUGGAAGGUCUUACAUCUUACUUCAAUUUGGAAACUACAACAGAUGCUCAGAUUAAGGGAAGUCUUUCUUCCAAAAAGAAAUAUACUGGUGUUGUGCACAAUGAAGCAAAUGCCUACCUCAAUUCAAAUGGUGCUCGUGCCAAUGUGAAACUUCAGCUAAGUUCAUUAGCGGAUAGUGCUUCUGUCAACAUUUGGAACAUUACAAUGAAUGAAAAUCUGGCUGUGGAUGCUUCGACCAAACGGAUUUAUGCCCUGUGGGAGCAUACUGGCAAUAAUGCACUGAAACUACCAGCACGAAUGUGGACACAUGGCAGUCAAAAAUCAAGAGCAACAUUUGAGAUGGCACCUUGGAGUUUGACUGCAAAUUUGCAAGCUCAGAUGGAACAACCAAGUAGUAUAACAAGAAAAACAGAUGUGCAACUUGAUUCAACAGUUAGCAUCAGCCCAGAGAGCCAGAUAUUAAAAUUGAAUAGUCACGGACACUGUGGUUCAUCAAUAUUAAGUCAUGAGGUCCAAUUAUCAAACAACAAAGAAGAUGUACGUCUUGACAUGGCUGGUUCCUUGCAAGGAAGUGCACAUUUCCUGAAAUUAAUCACACUGCCAGUAUAUCAAAAAUCAUUGUGGAAUAUAUUGAAGAUGGAUCAGACUAUCAGCACAUCCCAGAAGCAGUACUUAAAUGUAUCUACAUCAAUAGUAUGCACAAAAGGUGAAAACAUCUUUGUUAUUCCUCUACCAGUGCACAUGUUGUCAGAUGGUGUCAAGAUCAAUCUCCCUGAAGUUACCCUUUACGUCCCAGAAUGGGUAAAAUCAGUACCAGGUGUAAUUCAUGCCACCCUUCCAGAUGUCCCUAGGAUUCCUGAGAUUCCUGAUGAAAUCAAUGUUCCAACAUUUAAAAUCCCAGGGAUGAACAUUGUCGUACCAUCAUAUACAUUCAAGUUAUCAGAGGUUAAGCUGCCAACAGUAAUUAUCACCCCCACAUUCAAAGUUCCAUUUACUACACUUCAGAUACCAUCAUAUACCAUUGACCUUACAGUGAUUACUAUUCCAUCCAAGAUCAACACUCUUCCAUUUGAUGUGACUUUGCCAGCUUUACCUACAAUAAGAUUUCCAAAAGUAAGCAUUGCUUCCAAGUAUCUUGAAGUUGCUGAGUACAAGAUCCCGUAUUUUGAAGUGACUGUACCUGAAUUCCGAAUCACCAUUUUGCCGUUUUCUCUACCAAAAUCCUUCAGCAUCGAUGAUUAUUAUGUGGAGUUGGACAAAAUUACAAAUUACAUAGCAAACUUUGAUCUGCCAACAAUAACAAUCCCAGAAAUGACAGUGGAGAUUCCACCACUUAUGAUCAGUCUGCCUACAGCACUUUAUUUGCCAACAUUUAAGUCUUUGACUGGAAAUGUUAAAGUUUUAUCCCCAAUAUACAACACGACAUGGAUUGCAAGUGUAAAAUCUACAUCAGAGGAAAAUGCAGAUAUCAUCUUUGUUUCUGCAUUGGAUGCAACUUGCAGUUCUACAAUCCAGUUCCUGGAGUAUGAUUUGGAUGGAAGUGCAACAAUCACUGCCAAAGAUGGUUACACUUUUAAAGGAAAGUACACAUUGUCCCAUCGUGAUUUCAGUGUUGACUGGCAACAGAGUCACAAUUUUCUGGGUCCAAGAAUGGCACAUCAGCUGAACAUAGAUGUCAUCAGUCCAAUUUUCACAGAUCUUAGUGUUCGCUGCAAUGGGAAUACUGGUAGAAUUUCUUCAUCAGUUUCCUCUUCAUCUGCUGGAUUCCUAGGAAUGAUAAUUGAAAAGCAGGGAUCAAAAGUUCUGUAUGGAAAGCUGUACGCCCACAAAGUAUCAUCUCCUGAAACAGAUAUAAUUCUUCUGGAUGGCAAGGUUUUCCUGGAAAAUCCUGAAAACAUUGAACUGCAAGUCAACUGGAAAAAGGAUGUUGCUGUAGAUAUGCUACAUGGUCUAAAGGAGAGAGUACCUAAGAUGACGAGAGCUCUAUAUAACUGUGUGAACAAGUAUCACAAGGAACAAUUUGGAAUGGAGUUAAGUGUUGCCUCGUUGAAGUUGAAGGAAUCAAUCAAUGCAAAUAUCAAUGAAGCAUACAAAAUAGCAGCCAAUCAAAUGAAUGGAGUAGAAAACCAGCUCCAGACCACUGUUGAUGGUGUCACAUUGGAGUAUAACCAGAUGAAACAAACAGCAAGGAAAUUGUACAAAAGAGCAGCAGAAAGAGAAUUCAAUGAUGCUGAUUUAUUAUUGGCUAUACCAAGAAAAAAUUAUGAGCGGGUCAUGGACUUCCUUGAUGCAGUCAUUAGUUUUGUAAGGCUCUCCAACUUUCAACUGCCAGGACUUGAUCGCCAGUACACAGGUCAACAGUUGUAUGACAUGGCUUUGAAAAACACAGCACAAUUCAUAGAGGAAGUCAUUCAAAAAGUUGAUAACAUUGUGGAAGGAUAUCUUGAAGCUGUGGUCAAGUAUAUCGAACAGUUGGAGAUCAAAGUCCCUUCUACUGGCAAAAUCAUCAAAGGCUCAGAAAUCCUAUCAGAAUUGAAAGAAUUUCUAAGAAAAGUUCAAACAAACAUCCUUGAAGCUUCAAAUCAACUGAAAAAAGCCAAUUUUGAACAACAUGUAAAAUCAGUAAAAGAACAUAUGCACACCAGCUAUAGAAAAAUUGAGUCAAAGCUCAGACAGCUGCAUGACAUAGACCUUGAAACCAUGAAAGAUCAAGUUCAACAGAUGUACAUCAAUGUAAUCACCUCACCAUAUGCAAAAAUGUUGCAUUCAGAUAAUUUGAAAGAAUACAUUUCCAAACUUCUUCAACUAAGCCAAACCAUGUCACAAGUUCUUCUCGAAAAGAUUCAGGCAGCAGGCCUCUAUGUAAAGGCAAUACGUGAAGAGUAUUUUGAUACUUUCUGGUUUGGAUGGACUGUCAAAUAUAAUGAAAUUGAAGAAAAUGUAAUCGAGAUGUUAAAACAACUGCUGAACUAUAUAAAAGAAGAGGGUCCAAAAAUAGUGGACAAGAUUGUGACAUAUGCCAAUCAUCUGAAGAAGGAAACAAGAGGAUUCAUUGAAAAUUCUGGUGAAAAUGUUUACAAAUACCUUAAAGACAUACAAGCUAAUGUAGAAAGAAAAGGGGGUGAAAAAUUCAAUGAAUUUUCUCGAAUGCUCAAAUUAAAGUUGAAAGAGGUAUUUGCAGAAGCCGGGAGGAAGAUGGCUGAAUAUCAAAUGAUAAUGAAAGACAAACUGCAAGAGGUUUAUGAGCAGCUUACAGAAUCAUAUGAAAAGUUAAAUGCCCAAACACAAAUUGCAAUUGAUCUUUGCGUUGAAAACUGCAACAAAUUUAUCCAAUCCAUAUUUAAAUUUUUUGAGUCAAUUUCUAACACAGCUCAGCCAUAUAUGGAAGUUCGCCCUGGACAUCUUACACUAAAUUUCCCUCACCCUUUUAAAUGGGAAUCAUUUGAUGAAAUGCCACAAUUGAGAGAAGAUGCAAUUAGUCAAUUAAAUGGAACCAUUUCCAAGGGAUGGCAGGCACUAAAAGGAAAUGAUGAUCUGACACAGGCACUCCAAAAGAGCUAUGAAAAAGCCAAACGUCUCCUCGAUGAAAAAAUUAAGAACAAACAAUAAGCAAAGAAUAAAAUUUCAGUUGAAUAUUUAACAUUGUUUUGAAUCAAGCUUUAAAGACUAUUAAGUAGAUGUGAAAUUUUGUGAAUGAAAACAAAGAAUCUUCUUAAUAAACCUGUGAGUUCUUGUGCAUUUGUUUAAUUGUGUCAAUAUAAAAUACAUGGAGGAUUGCAUAUAUGUAAAUUAUACUUAAAUGAAAAAAAUGAAAACAUUGUAAAUGUUUGACAGCUAAAGGGGGAAAAAAUCAUAGGAACAGGCAUGUAAAAUAUUUGUCACUCUCAGAUUACACUGAUGCAAAAUCACUUUUUAAAGUAAUUUUAUAUGUAGUUUCCCUUUAAAAGAACAACAGCUCUGUAAUCAUUUGGUUUGCAUUUUCCUGAUAUGUGUGUUUUCACGUUAUUUAAAGAUCUGUGGGUAAUUCACAAAGUUUGUUAAAUUUAGAUGAUCGGAAAAAACAUGGACUAACUAACCAAAGUCAGUAAGCGAUAGUAAACUAACAAAAUACCCCAUUGUGCUUUACAGCAUUUAAAAGUUCUCAAUAAAAACGAGCAAUACAUUGAGA